AUGUUUUCUUUCUUUCUUUUCUAUCUCACUCACUCUUUCUUUCUUCCUCAUUCUUUCUUUCUUUCUUUUUUUCCUCAUUCUUUCUCUUCUUUCAUUCCUUAUCAAUCUUUCUUUCUCAUUCAUUCUUUCUUUCUUUUUUUUCUUUCUUUCUUUCUCAUUCUUUCUUCCUCAUUCUUUCUGUUCUUAUUUCCUCCUGAUUCUUUCCUUCUUUCUUUCUUUCUUUCUUUCUUUCUUUCUUUCUUUCUUAUUCUUUCUUCCCCAUUCUUUCUCUUCUUUCUUUCAUUCUUUCUCUUCUUUCUUCUUUUCUUUCUUUUUUACUUUCUUUUUUCCUCAUUCUUUCUCUUCUUUCUUUCCUCAUCAUUCUUUCUUUCUCAUUCAAUCAUUCUUUCUUUCAUUUUUUCUUUCUUUCUUCCUCAUUCUUUCUUUCCUCCUCAUUCUUUCUUUCUUUAUUAUUUAUUUUCUUUUUCCCCAUUCUUUCUCCUCUUUCUUUCAUUCUUUCUCGUCUUUCUUCUUUUCUUUCUUUCUUUCAUUCUUUCUUUCUUCCUUCAUUCUUUCUUUCUUUCUUUCUUUCUUUUUUCCUCAUUCUUUUUCUUUCCUCAUCAUUCUUUCUUUCUAAUUCAUUCAUUCUUUCUUUGGUUCUUUCUUCCGCAUUCUUUCUGUUCUUUCUUUCCUCCUCAUUCUUUCUUCCUCUUUCUUUCCUUCUUUCUUUCAUUUUUUCUCUUUUUCUUCUUCUCUUUCUUUAUUUCAUUCUUUCUUUCUUCCUUAUUCUUUCUUUCCUUUUUCUUUCUUUCUUUUUUGCUCAUUCUUUCUCUUCUUUCUUUCUUUCUUUCUUUCUUUCUCAUUCUUUCUGUUCUUUCUUUCCUCCUGAUUCUUUCUUUUCUUUCUUUCUUUUCUUAUUUUUCUUCCACAUUCUCUUUCUUCUUUCUCUUCUUUCUUUCAUUCUUUCUCUUCUUUCUUUCUUUCUUUCUUUCUUUCUUUCUUUCUUUCUUUCUUUCUUUCUUUCUUUCUGUUCUUUCUUUCCUCCUGAUUCUUUCUUUCUUUCUUUCUUUCUUUCUUUCUUAUUUUUUCUUCCCCAUUCUUUUUCUUCUUUCUCUUCUUUCUUUCAUUCUUUCUCUUCUUUCUUUCUCUUCUUUCUGUCUCAUUCUUUCCUUCUCGCUCUUUCUUUCUUUCUUUCUGUCUCAUUUUUUUCUUUCUUUCUUUGGUUCUUUCUUUUUCACCCUCCUUUCUCAUUCUUCAUUUUUCAUUCUUACUUUCUUUCUGUCUCACUCUUUCUUUCUCACUCUUUCCUCUCGUUGCACACCACACCCUCUCGAUCUGUCUGUCUGUCUGUCUAUCUCUCACUCUCUUUCACUCGCUAACAGAAACAGUAUCACUAUCUCUCUCUCUCUCACUCUCUUUCACUCGCUAACAGAAACAGUAUCGCUAUCUCUCUCUCUCUUUUCAAUUUUAAUUCAACUUCCACGCUUUAAAGAUCUCUUUUUCCUCGCUUGUAACAAAAACAUUCAUUUCUCUCUCUCUCUCUCUCUCUCUUUCACUCACUAA